AUGCUUCAGUUGCCUUGACAAUGUCAGUCCUAGCUGGUAGGAGAGACUAAAACUCCUCUGAGCAACUGAAGUUUCCUUAUUCAGUUGAAGAUUGCUAUGGUGUAACUGAAGUUGUAUUUUGCUUCUCCCGCUAAUCCACUUUCCACCUCCCACCCUUGUUCUCUUAAGAUUAUAGUGUAGAUUUGUUAGAAAUAGUAGUACCUUCUUUCCCCCACCCCAAACGCUACCUGUUUCUUCCUUGCUUUGGACUGUCUGAACCUGUAGAAGAUUUCACAGCAAUGCUGGACUGCAGUGACUAUGUUCUAGACUCAAGAAUGAACAAUCCGUCAGAACCCAGUAAACCAUCUAUGGAGAGUGGAGAUGGCAACACAGGCACACAAACUAAUGGUCUGGACUUUCAGAAGCAGCCUGUGCCCGUUGGAGGAGCAAUCUCAACAGCCCAGGCCCAGGCUUUCCUUGGACAUCUCCAUCAGGUCCAGCUCGCUGGAACAAGUUUACAGGCUGCUGCUCAGUCUUUAAAUGUACAGUCUAAAUCUAAUGAAGAAUCGGGGGACCCACAGCAGCCAAGCCAGCCUUCCCAGCAGCCUUCAGUGCAGGCAGCCAUCCCCCAGACCCAGCUUAUGCUGGCUGGAGGACAGAUAACUGGGCUGACUCUGACGCCGGCCCAGCAGCAGCUGUUGCUGCAGCAGGCGCAGGCACAGGCACAGCUGCUGGCCGCCGCUGUGCAGCAGCACUCGGCCAGCCAGCAGCACAGCGCCGCCGGGGCCACCAUCUCAGCCUCCGCCGCCACGCCCAUGACGCAGAUACCCCUGUCCCAGCCCAUACAGAUCGCACAGGAUCUGCAACAACUGCAACAGCUUCAACAGCAGAAUCUCAACCUGCAACAGUUUGUGUUGGUACAUCCGACUACCAACCUGCAGCCAGCGCAGUUUAUCAUCUCACAGACGCCCCAGGGCCAGCAGGGUCUCCUGCAAGCGCAAAAUCUUUUAACACAACUACCUCAGCAAAGCCAAGCCAACCUCCUACAGUCGCAGCCAAGCAUCACCCUCACCUCCCAGCCAGCAACCCCAACACGCACAAUAGCAGCAACCCCAAUUCAGACACUUCCGCAGAGCCAGUCAACACCAAAGCGAAUUGAUACUCCCAGCUUGGAGGAGCCCAGUGACCUUGAGGAGCUUGAGCAGUUUGCCAAGACCUUCAAACAAAGACGAAUCAAACUUGGAUUCACUCAGGGCGAUGUUGGGCUCGCUAUGGGUAAACUGUAUGGAAAUGACUUCAGCCAAACUACCAUCUCUCGUUUUGAAGCCUUGAACCUCAGCUUUAAGAACAUGUGCAAGUUAAAGCCACUUUUGGAGAAGUGGCUAAAUGAUGCAGAGAACCUCUCAUCUGACUCGGCUCUCUCUAGCCCAAGUGCCCUGAGUUCUCCAGGGCUGGGAGUUGAGGGCUUGAACCGUAGGAGGAAGAAACGCACCAGCAUAGAGACCAACAUCCGUGUGGCCUUAGAGAAGAGUUUCUUGGAGAAUCAAAAGCCUACCUCGGAAGAGAUCACCAUGAUUGCUGAUCAGCUCAAUAUGGAAAAAGAGGUGAUUCGUGUUUGGUUUUGUAACCGCCGCCAGAAAGAAAAAAGAAUCAACCCACCGAGCAGUGGUGGGACCAGCAGCUCACCUAUCAAAGCAAUUUUCCCCAGCCCAACCUCACUGGUGGCAACCACGCCAAGCCUUGUGACAAGCAGUGCAGCAACUACCCUCACCGUCAACCCAGUCCUCCCUCUAACCAGCGCUGCGGUGACUAAUCUCUCUGUUACAGGCACUACAGACGCCACCUCCAACAACACUGCGACCGUGAUUUCCACAGCGCCUCCGGCUCCCUCAGCGGUCACGUCGCCCUCCCUGAGUCCCUCGCCUUCCGCCUCAGCCUCCACCUCUGAGGCAUCGAGUGCCAGUGAGACCAGCACAACACAGACCACCUCCACUCCCUUGUCCUCUCCUCUCGGGACCAGCCAGGUGAUGGUGACAGCGUCAGGGUUGCAAACAGCAGCAGCCGCCGCCCUCCAAGGAGCUGCACAGUUGCCAGCAAAUGCCAGCCUUGCCGCCAUGGCUGCUGCCGCAGGGCUGAACCCAGGCCUGAUGGCGCCCUCACAGUUUGCAGCUGGAGGAGCCUUACUCAGUCUCAAUCCAGGGACCCUGGGUGGUGCCCUCAGCCCAGCUCUGAUGAGCAACAGUACACUGGCAACUAUUCAAGCUCUUGCUUCUGGUGGCUCUCUUCCAAUAACGUCACUGGAUGCAACUGGGAACCUGGUAUUUGCCAAUGCAGGAGGAGCCCCCAACAUCGUGACUGCCCCUCUGUUCCUGAACCCUCAGAACCUCUCUCUGCUCACCAGCAACCCAGUUAGCUUGGUCUCUGCCGCUGCAGCCUCUGCAGGGAACUCUGGACCUGUCGCCAGCCUUCAUGCCACCUCCACCUCAGCUGAGUCCAUCCAGAACUCUCUCUUCACGGUGGCCUCUGCCAGCGGGGCCGCCUCCACCACCACCACCGCCUCCAAGGCACAGUGAGCCAGGCUGGGUGUGAACGGGCUGCCAGCCUGGCUGAGACUGAAACGUGAUUGGCUUCCUCCCGCCGUGUUGCGAGGGCAAGGGAGAGGAGGGAGAGAAAACACAUGCCGGAAAAAAAAGGAUGGAGACGGGACAUUUGCCUAAUUUUGUAAUAAAACACUGUCUUUUCAGGAUUGCUUCAUGGAUUGGAGAACUUUCUAACCAAAAAUUUAAAAAAAAAAAAAAAGCAGAAACAACAAGUCAAAAACAAACAGACAAAAAAUAAGUGAAAGGACUACUUACCAUUUCCAGCAGUCAUGAAGACGAGUUAAGGUGGGUUACCAAUUACAAUAUAGGAAGGGGAUUUCUUGUUUGUCUAAAUUUCUUUUUUUUCUUAAAAAAAAAUCAUUUUUAUGGGUCUGUUGUACAGGCCAUUAAGUCAUAACAAGGUGUUUAUAAUCGUAUCAAUUGUGUUGGGGGUUCCUUUCUUAACUGGUACAACUUAGGCAGGCCUGUAUUACUGUAUCUCUAUUAUUAUUGUUGUUGUUAUUGUUUUUUUAUAUAUAUAUAGUUUGGACAUGUUUAUCUCUUGCUCCUGGAUCCUGUUUCAGCGAGCUCCCACACUGUGGGGCGGGGGGGGGCUUGGGGUCGGGGGACUUACGUUCUUAGCUGCGGGGAAUGUUCUUGCUGGUUUCCUUACCCCUGAUGACUCUUACAGAGGUGCUAGAAAAUUAUUUUCUUUUGCCACUUAUGCAAGAGGCUUGGUGCAGAAGCUGAAGGCAGUGUGUGUAAACACUCCCACUCCACACACGCCCCCUCCCCCCCAUCAGGUGGUGCCUUUGGAGCACUUUUGUGUAGGAAGGAAUUCCUGCUGAACUGUAGCUCUCACUCACCCCGAAUCAUUGAAUGACCUGAGGCCCAGAUCCUGUGGUGCCGCAGCGCUGCUCCCUGCUCCUUCCAGCGGGAGCGGCUGCACCCGUUGCAGGGCAGGAUUUGGUUCCGAAGAGCAAAGACUACUGCAGACACCUGACUUGGUGGUUCUCCUGAUUUCUUGUCUCCUGAAAUGCUCCUACUGUUGGUGUGUUUGUUUGUUUUUUUCCAUUUUGUGGAAGUUUUUCAACCGAACUUCCUUUAACUUACUUGGCAAAGAACGAAAAGAACUUACUGAAAUUGGGAAACUUUUCCCUUCUUUUGUUUUCUGAAAGAACUUUACUAGACUGCUUUCCAUUGGUUAUAGAUCACCAAAAGAGGUGUGAUGAGGAGAGUCUGAGGGUAGCACCUUUUCCUCUAGCCACAGACUUCCUUUUCACCAGAUGGCUUGUUAAUUCCUCCAACCCUGAUGCUCUCUUUGGGCCUCUGACUAAAGAAGGCGCUCAUUAGCUGGGCGUGGGAUCUAUAGGACCUUUGAAAGCCUUUGAGCAGGGACUUCACACACACUUCAAGUGUCUCCUUGGUUUGUUAGUGAUGCUCCUGCUUAGGUCGGUCUCAAUGGCAGUACACAUCUCUGUGUUCAUUGUAGAAGGUGAUUAGCUUCUGGAAUUGUUUUCAGGGUAUUUCUAGACUAUGUAAAUGAGCCCAGGAAAAGGAAGUGUGUAUGGGAGUAGAUGAAGAGGAAUGAGGGUAACUUGGAAAUUAGAUUCCCCUUUUUGUCAGUGUUCUAUUAUUAUAGUAUCUGUAUCCAGAAAAUUCCCCAAAGACUGAAUCACUGCAAUGCAGCUCAUCUGAGCACCCUUCUAAUUGGAGUUAAAGGUUCCCAUCUGGUGUCCGUGGGUGCUUGCUUACAUCUCCAGUGGUCCCACGAGUGCACUUUUACCCCCUUGGAGCUGGGGGCUGAGAGCGAAGUUACAGUAACGUUGUUUCACUUGCUCUGCUUGUGUCCACAAGGGAGCGUGGAUUCUGUGUAUUUGUCUCUUCACCAUGUUGGGAAAGGCAGUGAUACAGACACAGUGUGUAUUUUUGUUUGUGAUCAUCCAAGUGGGAGACAGGCAUAUUAAUAUUAAAAGGCCAGAAACAUUUUAGUCCCCUUGUUAAUUUUUCUUCUGAUACUUCUGUCUUCCCAUUUUAUUUCACACAGUAAUUUAAUUACUACUCUCACCUUCCUAAAAUCCCUCCAAAAUCAGUGAACUGCAAGCAGGGAAACUAACAAAUGUCCAUCCACCGUUUUUAUGUGUGGUGUUUUGUUUUGUUUUUUUAUGUUGUUUUUUAAACUAAGCUUGAACCAAAGUCAAUUUUUAGCAAGCUGCUGUACUAAUGGACUAGUUUAUAUCGUGCGGUUCAGACACAUUGAGGAGAUAGAUGCUACUGACAAUUUCUUUUUUCAUUUGUCUUUAUUAAUUUUAUAUAAAAGUUGCUGCUUGUUUUAAUCUUUUAUGUUGGUAAAUCGUAAUAUCCUCUGGGCAGACAUUAACUUGAGUUUUAACUAGUUUAUUUCGUUUGGUGUGUAAAUAGAAUAGCAGUGUCAGUUACUAAUUUUUCUCCUCUCCAUCCCGCUAUGUCUCUGAUGUAGUUGAAUUUAAUCUUUUAUCCUGACUUGAUAUCUCUAAUGUUAGUCUGUGCAAAUGAUCUUAGGGCUCUCAGUAACACUGGAGCUGCCCGUGGUGAUGAGUCCCUCCCUUGGGAGCAGUAAGUUCAGAGGAAGGAUUCAGGGAGGGGAAUGCUGGAUUAGAGGUUAUAGCAUUAAUUUCCCAAAACUGCUACCAAAGGAAGUGUUGAGUCCCAAGGGGCUCAAGCCCUAUGGAUUAGGAGGAAGAGCAAGGAAAGGCUGUGUUUGUUUUCCUGUGUGGUUCAAAAGAUGCUCCCUCUCCUAAAUAAGAUUCACUGUCAGACUUUAAUAUUAAAAAAAAUACUGAGCUUUAAAUGUCAGUAUGAUGGUCUUCUAUUCCCUGCCCUGUCUGUAGUCUCCAGUCAGUUUGGGAUAAGGGGAUUCUGCCUUUGUGCGUGCGUGCGUGUGUGUGUGGAUCACUUUAUGAGGAUAAAUUUUAAACCAGCAUAAAAACCUGUGUUUAAAAGAAGAAAUAAAUCCUUAGGCAAAGGUAACUUUUAGAAUUUUUUCCUUUUUUUCUCUUAUUUUAAAACAAGUUGUGAAAUGAAAGGUACACUUAUGCAUGUCCGCACAGAACACUAACACAGCUUGUUGGCGGGUGUUUAGCUUAAAACUGACUCCCAUCAUCAUCCCUAGAGUUUCUGCAGAUCGUACUACUUCACGACUCAACCUUUAGCCCUUUUUUACUUCAUAUCUUUUUUAUCAUCUCAAGAAAUGCUUUUUGAAUUGAAUGAAUCUCCUGAGCUAAGGUACUCAGACUUAACUUUUAGCCACCUUAUAUGGGAGAGUCUGGAAAUUAAGGAGGACCAUUUGACCAAAGAGAGGUCAAGAGGAAGGGCCAGAUAGAUCAUGACAGUUCCUUGUGUCACUCUUCUCUUUUCCCCUUAAUGUUUAUGCAGGUUUUAUUUCAUCUCUAAGUUUGGUUAACCCAUAUUAAGCCAAAGACUAAUUCUAAAUGGAUUUAUAGCGAUGCUAUAUUUGCCCAUAGUAAUGGGCCCUCCCUAGGGCGUGGUGAAUGUAAUUGUCUGAGUCCUGCUUCUCACAGGCAGUGCAGUUUGGUUGUGAACUUUGUACCCUGUACAAAUCUCAAGGACAGAACAGAAAGACCUGGAAAAGGGCUUCUCAGAGGAACAAUAUUACUGUUCCUGAUUUAAGAAAUAAGUUGAGUGCUAUGUUUGUUAAAAUGUUUCUAACAUUACAUAAGCAUCAUUUUAGAAUUAAAAAAUUGUUCCUGUUCAUUCAUUACCUGAUAUAAAACACGUUUCCUUUUAUUUCUUUGAUAAGGAAGAUCAGUACCAUCCCAAUUUACUCAACUUAUUACUAGAGAAUUGGAACCAAAGGAAUCCAGGUUUCGUUUCUAUAGGACCAGACAGAUUUGUACUUCACAGUAGCAUUAUUAGAAAUUCACAUUUUUUAAAGGGAAAAUAAGAUUAAUUUUAAAAAUUUUAGUGAGAUUAUCUUGCCAGUUUAUUCUACACCAUUCAUUGUUGGGGAAGAAAGCACAACUAUACCUCUUUUUUAUAUUACUUUGUUCUGUUAUCCCCCAUUUAUUUGGGAAGGUGGAGGGAAACCUUGUCUGUAUUAUCCAGAAGCACAGAUAACAACAAUAUUUAAAGUCAGCCCAAUCUUUAACAUCAAAUUUUCUGUUUAAAUUGCUGGGAAAGCUGGAUACAUUUGCAAAUAUAGGGAAUCAAUGUCGAUUUUUAAAGUUGUAAAUCCUGAUAACAAACAUCGCAAUUAGUGUAUAAUAGUAGAUACUUGGCUUACAGAUGAAGCUCCUUGUAGUUCAUUCUAAAGUUGUUCCCAAACUAUGUCAUCCUCACAAAACUUUCCUUACCAAGAAAAACGUAAAAUAUGCUAUAGGAAGCCAAGGUAGAGUGCAGACAGGGAGAGUCAGCAGGCCCUGAGCAUCGGGGGCGAUGAGAAGGCCAGAGGGCUGCGGUCCUGAUUCAGACUUACUGCUGGGAGUCGGCUGUGGCCUUGGGGACUCCAAAAAUCAGUCUGCAAUUUGAGAACCCUCCGUUGAAGAAAAGCCUGAAAUAUUCGUUGUGAGAGUUGGUCAAAUGCUCUCUUGUUAAAUCAGCAUCUAAAAUUGAUGGAUUUACGGUUUAUUUAUUCAGGCCAUGUUUUUGGCAGUUGAAAAUGUUGAAGACUGUCAACACUAAUAGAGAAAGAGCCUAAAUACCUGACAUUUAAAAUUACUCAAAUGGGCGGGCAUUGAUGUAUUCAUUUGAUCAUAACCAUUAUGAGUUCACUUUUGUAUAUGUGAGUAUAAAAGGCAUGUAAUGAAAAGCAUUUAGUUUAAUCAAAGCCCUGGCCGUUUUGAAGCCAUUUGCAGUCUUAAAACAGUUUGAGGAUGACACUUUAUAAAGUGGUAAAUUGUUGUCAGAACUUACCCUUAGUUUUGAGAAGGAAAAGUUCUCUGCCGUUCCUUUAAGAAGAGCUCAGAUCAGCUGUUACAUGUUUGCAUAGAUGGCACACAUGGUACAAAUGUGAACUUGGACAGGAAUAGAAUAAAUUACUUUCAUCAUUAAAGGCUGAUACUAAUCCUGUUAUGCUUCAUUCUUUUCUUAAUCCAAGGAGAUGAAAUGGGACACCCCUGAAAUUUUCAGUAAGCUAUUUGUAAGAAUUCCAUCCGGAGGGCAGGGAAUAUGUCUUUUGUCAGAGUUGUCCAGUUUCCACCCAGAUGUCCAUUUGAUCCGUGAACUGUUGGUUUCUCUUGACCAUCCUCAUUCAUGAAGCAGUUCUUUGUUUGGCUUCUUCUACUCUCGGCCUUUGCUAAAAGCAGUAAACUUCAGUGGAUCUUGUGUUGGUUCUGUAAACCAGAUCUCCUUUCCUCUCUUCCUCCUCUUCCUUUUGUCUGUGAAUGGUGAUACCUUAAUCCGUGUGGGGAAUGCUCGUAGUUAACAGCUAGCUUCUGGCACCUUCAUAAAAUACCUCAGUAUAGCUUAGCAUUGUUACAGAACUGGUUUUAAACUAAAAACCAAAUAAAUAAAAAGAAAAGAACUUUAUAAGUAGUAGUAAUAAUUCUAGCUGUAGCGUGUAGUUGAACUGAUUGAUGUUUAUUAUGACUGAUAAACAUGACUGAUGCUGUAUGUACUUGCGAUCCUGUUUAUAGGGUUACAGUUUAUAGGGUUACGGAGGGUGGGGAGGGGGGAGAGGAGAAGGUGACUGUGUUAGAAGGAAACAUUGCGUUGCUCAUGUGUGUGUGUGUUUGUUUUUCCUUAUCUCUGUCUUGCCAAAGGAAACUUGAUCAUCCCUGUGAUUGGGUUUGGGAUUCGUUGGCCUCUCUGUGACCUGGCCUGCAGUGCAGUGUGUGGUGGCAUGCCGGUUACACAGGGGUUGUCCAGUUCAGGAUCCCCGAGGGCAUUUACAUCCCUUCCUGUGGCUGCCCGGGCCUCCCAGACCCUGCCAGCCUCUCCUGAUAAUUCAUUACCUCUGUACGUAAUAAGAGCUUAGGCAAAGGACGAGUGUGUGAAUGUCUGAGUGUGUGGUUGAGAAAUAGAGGCAGAAAUAGACAAGCACCAUUUAAUUUGGAGAGGAAAGGAGAGAUGAGUGAUUGAUGCAUCUUAAUCGAAGAAAAUUAAAAUUGUAAAACAGAUGUGUGGGGGUUUUGUUUGUUUUGUUUUGUUUUGUCCCCCUCUGUCAUGUUACUGAAUGUUGUGCGAGGAGCACAGCACUUUAAAACCUCACUUCCUUUUCUCACACCAAGGCUAAUUCUGUCUCAACCAGAAACGUAAACAGAAAAACCAGACCAAGAAGUUGAAAGCCAACCUGCUCGCCUCACAUCUGUGAUCUGGUGUGACCUUUAGGGACUGGUUAGUUAGUGAGAUUGAGGAGAGUCUUGUUCUUGGUGGGAUGUGAAUGAGAAAUGAUGCUGGUUUAGGAACAGUUUAGCGCCCUUCCCGGCCACACUCUGGGACAGAUGUUCCUGGUUCCCCGAGUCCAGAUAUAGACUCUUAUGUCCAGAAGGCUAUUGUGUAAUAAGCAAGCCAUCUCACAGACCGGAAGUGGGAUUCGGUUUGGAUACCAAAGACACUGCAUUGUUUCUCCUUACUUUUCAAAACAGGCAGAGGGAAUAGGAGCAAAAAGCCAAAAUUUGAAACAGCUUUACCUUUGUCUCCUUCCUUUCCCUCUCCCCUCUUUCCCCUCACCCAUUCCCAUUUGUCGAAGGAAGUCUUGUUCAUCCUGGCUUUGGACAAGAGAUUUAUUUAGUCUCACUCCGCUGGCUCUGUAAAGAUGGAUACAGUUGCUCAGUGUGGCAGUAAUAUUCUUGGACUUGCUGGGGAAUUUGAGAGGGUGGGUGGCAAACGAUGGGGGCAGGAUUCUUUUAUGAUUUCCCCUUUAUCUGACACUUACAAAGAGAACCAGUACAGCCUCUCUGAAUUCAGACGAUAUUUAGUUGUUCUGUCACUUGUAAAGGAUAAGCAUUUUCAAGAGCAGGAUUACAUCGAAACCCAAAAGACCUUCCUUUGUUCUCCCAUGGAGCUGUAUUGUUCCCAAAUGUUUUUACAAGUGGGCUCUAGGGAGUUGAGUAGUUCAUUGUUUUGUUGUGCUAUUGAGGGGACACAGAAAGGAGGGGAGGAAAGAGAAGUUUAUUGCUCUAGAAUUCUGUCAAACAACCAUCAGUCUGCAGAACUUCAUGAAAGCUUUACUAAUAAUCUUACUGUUCUGACAUUAUGUAAAAGUGGUAUUAAUAUUGUGUGACUUUUCAAAGCACUAGGUAGGUCAGGAAGCAGGGAACAGGGCUAUUGAAGGUAAGAGCACUUGAAACAACAGUUGUGGGGAGACAGGGUGUGCGGGAUGGAACCACUGCACGCGGACGUGAAGCGCCCAUGAUGACCCUUUCUGUGUCCCUGAGUCAGCCCUCUCCGUGCAGGGCUGUGCCACCUUCUGGUUCAAACCCAAGACCCUGUCAGAAAGUUCAGACCCCAAAACUGAUUUACAGUUAAAAAAAAAAGUUGAGGUCUGCUGCAAAGUUCUCCCAAGUUUUCUCUGUUUACUUGUUCAGCAUUGUUUUAGUUGAGUCAGCCACAGCCUCACAGAGGCAGCUUAAGUCUCCUUCCGUAACGUGGCAGCAGCAUCGAGCUCGCACGUGGUAGAUACCCCGAGGUCUGCAGGCAGAAGCCAGAUACAGUGCCGUUUCAAAAAUGAGACAUCCAAACACUUCUUUAAAAUUGGGAUCUCCUUCGAAUGAAAAAGGACAGAGCCAAGGAGAGAGAAGACUGUACCCCUACCUAGUCCUACAGUGUCUCUAAGUCUGAACAAUAUAGCAGGAAAGGAAAUGCACUUUGAGAAGUUAAAACGAACAGUCCUGUGAGGAAAGGCUGUAGUUGGAGGCAGGUGGGGCUGCCGUGUCUUUGGUUCCGGUCCUGCACAGGCUGCAGAAGGCGUGUACCUUCUGAGAGUAGAGUGGACCAGCCUGGUUGUGUUUAAAACUGCAGACAGUUGGGAGAGGGGAAAGGAGAGAGCCUAUGACUUUGCAACUAUAUUACAGCGUUGGCUUUCCACAGCAUGAACGGUGUGUCUCCCCUGAGGUCAGGUAAAGGGAGAGACAGACUUCUUCCAGCUUCUUACCUCUGCGGGAGGUUACUCAGGCCACAGGGGGUCUCACUCCGAGGAAGUGCACCCCACCCCCGUUAGACCGUAGUUCCAGGCCCUACACGUGUGCUGGCAGCAGAGGCGAGGCAAGUAAGUGUGGGUUCCCGCCCACCACGAGCCCAGGAGCUGUUGUAUACCUCAUUUCUAACUCGGGACUGAGUAACUUGCUUUAACUUUCUCUAAACCCUACAGAGUUGCCAAGUCUGCCCUCCCUCCUCUAAGUAAUGUUGAACUCUGGCCUAUAGCAUCAUGGGACCUGUAGCCUGGGGUGGGACCUCCCAAAGCCUCUGAAUGUCGCUGCUUAAAAGCUACUGCAAACUGAGGGCAAAUUGCAAUCUUCUCUUUUUGUUGCAAGGGGAUUUUCAAAGGUCUCAACAUCUGUUCCCCGCCACCCUGCCCUUAGGGCCUGGCCAGCCGCCCACACCCCCACCCCACACAUCACCUCCUGUACUUGCCUUCUCCCUGGUUGGGGGAGGCCUUCCCCUUCCCCUGUGAGGCCUCAGGGUUCUGCUUGUUUUCAGGGCUUUGGGUGGAAGGGAAGACACCAAAGGCUCCUUUAAGCUGACUGCUGCAUACACAUUUCACUUUUUUCCUUUGACGUGACCAAAAAAAAAAAAAUCCAAAUAUUUAAGUUUUUAUUAUUAUUAAUAUUAUUAUUAUUUGACAAUCUUAUAUCCAGUGGGCUCUCUAGAAGCUGCAUCCCCCAGCCCUUUCACCUUUUCUUUGAAUGUAGUUCCCAACCUUCGAUUCCCACCCCCACUAUUGAAAAAAAAGCUUUGCCAGGUCUUACUACUGCUGCUAUAAGCCAGGGGAGGGUGGUUUCUUUGUUUUGUUUUGUUUUUUAAAUUUCCAGCCAAAACCAAAGAUUUUUUAAUGAUUGUAUAAACUCAAAACAAACAAAAAAACCAAAGAAAAGGGAAGUCUUCAGCAUCAAUCCAGUCUGUGGCGUCCUGGCAUUUAGAGGAGUGAGGCAGGGGGCAGAGGAGGGGCCUCUGACCACAUUGGAAGGGCUGGGGUCUGUCUUCUGUGUUCCAGGGUUUGCAGAGGCGCAUGGUCAGCAGCUUUGGCUCUUGCCAGCUUGUGAACAUGCCAUGGAACAAACUGGCAUUUCAGAUUUUCCAAAACAGUAGACAGAAGCCCACCACCACGAUACCCACCCCACAGCCACCACGGUAAUCCACCCUACAACAGCCACGGUCACCGCAGGGGUUUUAGCACAAGGACUAGGAGGUGGGGGUGCCGCUGGGCCGCCUCUGGACUCCACAGAGUGGGGGGAGUUGAAGACACUGGCGCAGGAUUGGCUGCUCUGCUGGGUGCUUUAACCUCUGGGGCAGUGGCAGUGAGUACAUGCCACCCAGCUGCCCUUCUGAGCCUUUUCUCUCUUGUCCUUUACUGGAACUGCUUGGAAGUGGCUGUCUUGUUCGUGAGAAAACAUACAGAGCGAUUAUCAAGCUUUUCGUUUCUUCUUUCGUAGCUGGUUUCCUUUUGGCAGCACCACUGUGCAACUAUGCAUUGUAUUUCACGACCUUUUGUGCUAGGUAGAUGCCUGUGACUUUUUAACUUGGGGGGGUGGGGGGAUUGCAAAUGAAGGAACUUUUUACAUGGAUCUUUUUAAUCUCAGUUGAUUGGGGGAGGGGGGAUUUGGUUCUAGGGUCAUACAAGCUCUAUCCCAAAGCAAAAUCCAAAUGUUAAUAAUAUUAGCCUGAUGCAGAUACCAAAGAUAAUUUCUUUCCUGCAGAACCUUAGACUUGUGUAAUAAGUACGACUACCCAGCACUUGCAUUAGUCUAACCUCAGUAAUUCCAAAGCUUAGAUGUAUAUUUUGGUAUAUUUCUGGGAUAUUAAAAAAAAAUGUCGUUUAACUUGUUUGUUUCAGUGUAAUGCUCUUAAAAGUCAUAGCAUGAAAAUAACUGAACUGUCCUAUUCUUAGUAGUUUGAAAUAAUAGUAUUUUUGUAUGUUUUGGGUGUGUCAAUGUAUGUAUUAACAUAACAGUUUUCACUGCCUAGGUGUUCAUAAUAAAAAAGAAAACAAAAAAGUUCCGAGUGUACAUAAUAUUCAGUAAUAAACUUCCACCGGGUUCAAUUUGGAUUGACUAUUCGCUGAUUACCGUUCCCAUCUGGGAUUUUGUUUUGUUCUAAAGAGACAGUGAUCGUGUUUUCCUAAAGACGUUUUUCUUUCUCUGUCUUUAAAUAUCUUAACUCCUCCACCUUUUUCUUUUCUUUUUUCUUUUUUUAAAUAUUGAUUCAGGGGUGUUUUUCCACUGUUGUCAAGGGAGGGCACAAGGGGGAAUUGACCCCUUGGCCUCUCAAAACUUUUUGUUUUAUGUACUUUAAAAUGUGAGUUUGAGUUCUCUUUUGUGGAAACUUAAGAUGUGGUGUAAAUGAUUCUUUCCAAAAUUGUCCAGCAGCUUUAAAGAGGCAGUGACAAUUUCUAAGUAGUUUAUUGGGAGUCCUUACAUUUCUCCUUAGAUGACUUUGCAAUCUGGGUGGCUAUUGUAUAGCCUCACUGUCCCAGAGCACCUGGUUAGCCAUUUCCCCUCUGAUAGGAAUCUUUUAUAAGAAUCAGCUGAUAACUUGGAUUGCGGGGCCUCGUUAUCCAGGCCCCUGAGAAACACACGUUCUCUUGGUUUGGUUUUGAAAACGAAACACAAGCAACUUUUACACUUGGGGGAAUGAGCUGGUACCUCCCGAGGCCUGAGGAGGUGGUGGGGAAUAUGAGCGGUGCUGUCUCUUUAAAAGUGCCCUUUCUAUGAUUCCCCUUCCUGGGGCCACCUGUGGGGGGCUGUCGGCUUGGGAGAGGUUGUGUAGGCGACAGUGAAUCAGAAUGAAAUGGUAGAUUUUUGUGUAGAUGCAUUUGUCUGCUGUAAUUUUUUAUAUAUAUUAAACUUACUGUAACUGUACAGUUCAUUUCUGUUGUAAAACAUCAUUAAACCAUUUUCCAAGUGUU